UUGCAUGAGAUAAAUGUAGGAGGAAUUGUGUAAAUAGUCGGGAGGUUGGGGCAAAAUUAUGUAAUUUUUUUACUAAGGGUAAUUUCACUUUAAUAGAUUUGUUCUUACUGCCAGUAAGCCAAAUUGUAGCUGAAACUAGACUGUUUAAUCCUUUUUGAAGUUAGAAGAUCCAGGGAGGAAGACAUUUUCAAGGUUCAUGAAAUAAUCUUACUUCAUUAUUGGAUUCUCAAAGUAAUACUAUUGGCUUUGUGGGGAGCUAACGUAUGUUUAAAAGAGAUAAGCCAUGCUGUGAUUAUAAUACCUUUCACUUUAAGUGCAAUGUGCAGGAAUUUUGACCCUCAAUGACAACCUUAGUUUUACUCAUGAAUGAUAUUGUGUCAAUAGCUUGUCAGAUAACAGUUAUUGCCAUUACAUUACCCCUUUUGCAUUACAACACUUAUACAUAACUACAGGAAGUUGAUUAUCCCGCUUUUACUUUCAUAACCUUUUUAAGGUUUUUGAAAGCUAGUAGGCAUUGGCACCAUUUAAAACACACCUCCUAGCUUUCCAGUAAACUGACUUGGGUAUCAGCCUUUAAAUAGAGCCUUGAGAAUUGGUCUAUUUAGUCUUUUAUUGAUAAUGCUUAAUCACUGUAUGAUAACACAAGGGAAAUAUCCCUUUCCAUUGCUGGACCUAAACCAAUAUGUGCACAAUACGAAGUUUAAAAACGACAUCAUUGCUCAUAUUUCUUUGUAUUCCUUUUACAGUAGGACAAUCAUGCAUUAUCCUGUGCUUCUCUGCAGCAGACAGAGCCUGAUGGUGUAGCCGUCCAGUCUGAUUUACACCACCUGCAACAUCAGGUGAACCCAGUGAACAAACUGAUGGGACAUAAAAACACAGCUAUGGCGCUGUAGGUCCUGGUUGGGGCUCCAUGCAGUGGAGCAGAGCCCCGGCCCCUCCUGCGCGCUGCACCCAUGCAGGCGUUGUUUUCGUCUCCUGGAUGAUGAGGUGCGUAAAGAGGCGCCAACGCACCGGGCUGAGGAGGCACACACACACAUCUCCUCUGCAAGAGCAUCCACGCAGCGCCUCAAGGACCGCAGAGACCAUGAAGACCAGCGGCAGCUCGAGGAGUACAGAUUCACCUGCAGACGACUGAGUGAAGAGGCAGCAUGGCGGGGGGUCGGAGGGGACUUGUGGCCCCGCAGAAUACUUUUUUGGAGAAUAUUGUGAGACGGUCCAACGUUUGGACACUGUCACAUAAACAGACAGAUACCAACUUUGUCCUGGGAAACGCUCAGAUAGUAGACUGGCCCAUCGUCUACAGCAACGAUGGUUUCUGCAAGCUGUCGGGGUAUCACAGAGCAGAGGUGAUGCAGAAAAGCAGCACCUGCAGCUUCAUGUACGGGGAGCUCACGGACAAGGACACGACGGAAAAAGUGCGACUAACAUUCGAGAAUUAUGAGAUUAAUUCGUUUGAAAUACUGAUGUAUAAAAAGAACAGGACGCCGGUGUGGUUUUUUGUGAAGAUUGCUCCAAUACGAAACGAACAAGAAAAGGUGGUCCUGUUUCUUUGUACGUUCAGUGACAUCACAGCCUUUAAACAGCCCAUUGAAGACGAUUCCUCUAAAGGCUGGGGAAAGUUUGCCCGACUGACUCGAGCGCUCACCAGCAGCAGAGGAGUCCUCCAGCAGCUGCAGCCCACAGUGCACAAAGGAGAAAACGUCCACAAGCACUCCCGCUUAGCUGAGGUACUGCAGCUUGGCUCAGAAAUCCUACCUCAGUACAAACAGGAGACCCCCAAAACCCCUCCCCACAUCAUCCUGCACUACUGCCUCUUCAAGACCACGUGGGACUGGGUCAUCCUCAUCCUCACCUUCUACACGGCCAUCAUGGUGCCCUACAACGUCUCCUUCAAGACCAAGCAGAACAACGUGACCUGGCUGGUGGUGGACAGCAUCGUGGACGUCAUCUUCCUCGUGGACAUCGUUUUAAACUUCCACACAACGUUCGUGGGCCCCGCCGGCGAGGUCAUCUCGGACCCCAAGCUGAUCCGCAUGAACUACCUGAAGACCUGGUUCGUUAUCGACCUGCUGUCCUGCCUGCCGUACGACGUCAUCAACGCCUUCGAGAACGUGGACGAGAAUUGGAACCACCGAGCUGUCACUCAAGGGAUCAGCAGUCUGUUCAGCUCUCUGAAGGUGGUCCGACUCCUGCGUCUGGGGCGGGUCGCUCGUAAACUGGAUCACUACAUCGAGUACGGGGCGGCGGUACUGGUGCUGCUGGUCUGUGUUUUUGGACUGGCCGCUCACUGGCUGGCCUGCAUCUGGUUCAGCAUCGGUGACUACGAGGUAAUCGAUGAAGAAACAAACUACGUGCGGAUGGACAGCUGGCUCUACAUCCUGGCAGAGUCGGUGGGAAACCCGUACCGCUUCAACGUCAGCGGCUCAGGGAAGUGGGAGGGCGGGCCGAACAAAGACUCGGUGUACAUCACCUCGCUCUACUUCACCAUGACCAGCCUCACCAGCAUCGGCUUCGGAAACAUCGCCCCGACAACAGACGGAGAGAAAAUCUUUGCAGUGGCCAUGAUGAUGAUUGGAUCCCUUCUUUACGCCACCAUCUUUGGUAAUGUGACAACAAUCUUCCAGCAGAUGUACGCCAACACAAAUCGCUACCACGAGAUGAUUAACAGCGUGCGGGACUUCCUCAAACUCUACCAGGUGCCCAAGGGCUUGAGUGAAAGAGUUAUGGACUACAUCGCCUCCACCUGGUCCAUGUCUCGGGGCAUAGACACUGAAAAGGUGUUGCAGAUUUGUCCAAAAGACAUGAGGGCAGAUAUCUGUGUUCAUCUCAACCGGAAAGUUUUUAAAGAGCACCCGGCUUUCCGCCUGGCCAGCGACGGGUGUCUCAGAGCGCUGGCCAUGGAGUUUCAGACCAUCCACUGCGCCCCUGGGGACCUGAUCUACCACGCCGGGGAGAGCGUGGACAGCCUCUGCUUCGUGGUGUCGGGGUCACUGGAGGUCAUACAGGAUGAUGAGGUGGUGGCAAUUUUAGGUAAGGGAGAUGUAUUCGGGGAUGUUUUCUGGAAAGAAGUGACUCUCGCUCAGGCCUGUGCCAACGUCCGAGCUCUGACCUACUGCGACCUCCACGUCAUUAAACGCGACGCCCUGCAGAAGGUGCUGGAGUUUUACACCGCCUUUUCAAACCACUUCUCCAGAAACCUGCUGCUCACUUACAAUCUGCGAAAGAGGAUUGUCUUCCGAAAGAUCAGUGAUGUGAAGCGAGAGGAGGAGGAGCGACAGAGACGUAAAAAUGAAGCCCCUCUGAACUUGCCACCAGAUCACCCGGUAAGGAAACUCUUCCAGCGCUUUCGGCAGCAGAAGGAGUUGCGGCAGGAACCUGAAAAACCGGCUGACCAUGACAUCGAGAAGGGCCCUGUGUACGUGGACAUCCCGAUCGCCAAAGCAGCCGUCACAACCACCAGCAUCGUCACGGUGACAGAGAGCCCAGCAACACCUUCAUCUUCUAUGCCUUCAUCUUCAACAGCACUCAACUGCUCUCCUUCAGACAAGGCGACGCUGCAGGUGCCGGUCCCCGUCUCUCUUAUCGGGGGCCGGGUCUCAGAACCAGUCAAAGUCAAAGGCUGGGGUCGCUUCAAGGAGUCCAUGGCCAAACCUGACAAUUGGAACAAAGUGUCCAAAGCCGAAUCCAUGGAGACUUUACCCGAACGGACCAAGGUGCUCGAGUCACAAACGUCUCUCAAGAAGACGGACUCUUGUGACAGCGGCAUCACAAAAAGUGAUCUGCGCCUGGACAAAGUGGGCGAGUUUCGCAUCACGCCCCAGGACCGGAGUCCCGUGCAGCCUCCGGAGACCAGGCACGCCUUCUACCCCAUCCCGGAGCAGACGCUACAGGCCUCGCUCCUGGAGAUCAAACUGGAGCUGAAGGACGACCUCAAGAACCUGAACGUUCGAAUGUCCGGCCUGGAGGCGCAGCUCACAGAAGCACUUCAACUCCUCAAAGCGAGGAGAUCAAAUGCUGACUCUCCACAGCCUCUUUUUGACAUUUCUAGACCUGCUUCACCAGAACUGGACAAAGAAGACAUCUUCUCUUGAAGGAAGGUACGUUAACAAAUCAGGUUGACUCGGAAUCAGCUGGAAUCCAGUAAUAUCCAGAUUACUUGGAUAUGCUGCAAUGGCUGCACCAUUUAAGUUAUCAGGCAACAGUGUGGUCUUUAAGACGCACCGGCCUUUUAUCAUGGGGGUGUACCCGACCGUUUACAAGGCAACAUCGUGUGGAAAAGUCGCGGGUGUAUCCCAGAUCUUGUUGUCGGAGAAAAACCGAAAGAUCGGGAGGUAAUUCAAAAACUGACAGCUCUACUGUAUGUCUGUACAUAAGUUUGGUUUAUUUUUCCAUCGCACUAUAAUGGAAAAAUAGCUUGAGCGGUUUGAUAUUAUCUCGAUUUUGAGAGCGUCAGUGGAAGACCAACGUUAUAUCUCUGUUUUGAAAUGAGUAGAAACAGCAUGACCCACUGGUUUGUUAUUGCAUCAUUUGUAUGGGAUUCUUUGCAUGUCACAUAAAGUAGGCGCGUGUCUCUAAAUUGCAGAUGGUGCAUAUUUAAUUAAUUAAGGCCACACCGUGAGUCAUUUGCAUUAUUUCACCAUGACAGCGGGAAAGCACAGUCUUUCCAGAUGUUGAAACAGGCGCACAGUAAUUUCCUCCAGCAAUUGAUGAACUCUUCUUAUUAAAUCAACUGCCAGGAUCAUUAUGAAUAAUACAACAGAUAACUCUGGCCGAGCAAUCAGAUUUAAUCUGGCAGAGCUAACAAUUCCUAUAAACCAUGGGAGGAUGAAAGGCAGCACAUUAUCCAUCUUUCCUGAUAUCUUGUAUUUGUUUUUCUCGUGUACAAACACUACAAACACACAUGUAUGUACUGUAUGAGAGCCAUGAACUUCUAGCUUUGUUGAUGCAUAAUAAUGUGAUGCAGAUGGUACUGAUAAUGGCUGUGGCCCUUCCCUUAUUUUAAAAACUGUAAAGUUAUGAAUGCUCUUUUGCACAAUAUUUCUUAAAUAAAAUGUAUUUAUUACUAAAAUAUACUUCACAGUGCAGGUUUGUUCAUGUAAACAAACACAAAAGUCAUUGAAAACUGUUAUAUUGAUGAAUUUUUUGGGGUACAUUUUUCCAUUUGUUGCACCAGUUAGCAUGCAUGAUUAAUUUGUGUCUCUCUUCACAUUCACUCGAGGAAAAACACAUCAUCCCAUGAUGCCACUAGACAAAAUGGGACUAUAUUUAAGGAACAAAGAUGGUGAAAAUGUUCGGGCUAUGUGUUCGUAAUGCAGGUGAUUUGUCUUUGUAUUUGAAGCCAAUAUUUGGAGAGAACAUCUACUUGCGUCCGGCUUACACAAACUUAACGUUCCCUAAAUGUGCAUUAAAACUUGGCGACAACCGAAAACACCAGACUGCUCCUGCAUACACAGUGUCUCACCAACAAUAUUCAACUCAUUUCAUGUAGGAAUAAAGGAAACAGCAGGAUUCUAAAGAGAUAAUAUACCACUUUUUGUUCUUUAUCAAACAUUUGACUGUUUUGGGUAAUUAUUCAAAAACAGCCUUUUAAUGAACUGAAAUACACCCAGACAUUGUUUUCCAGUCAUGAUAAAUAACAUUGUUUAGGAAAAAGUAUACAUGUAGAUAGCAAGUGUGGGCGAAAUGUCAUGUCUUUCUCUUUAAAUUGUAAUUUUUGUUUAACAUUUGAACACAAUGCAAUUUCACCACAAAGGAAAAAGGUAUUAACAUAGCAAUAAACUUAUACAGAAAACAAACUGGAUACAUUGGUUACAUUUUUCCUCAAAUAUAUCGUUAAAAAACAUUUUUAUGAGUCAGUACUCUCUCAAGAAAAACAGAAUUUUGUGGAAAGAGGAAGAAAACAGAUUAGAAAAUGUGAUUCAGAGCAUUUUUAUUUAAAUUAUUAUUUUGUCCGUUACGGAAACCUUUCAAGUCCAGACAAAAGAUAAAUACAAUUUCUAGUAAAGGUGAGUUCUGUCAUCAAGCAAUAAUAAUAAUUGUGCAUAUUAAAGGACAAUUUGAAUGCUAAAAUAUCCGUUAAGGCUCUUUAAAAUUGUGUUUUCAGUUUAUAAAAUCAAUAAUAAUUGUGGAUAUUUUACUGAUACAGAAUAAUUUUAGGGUUAAAACAUCAGUUCAGGCUCUUUAGCUUUGAAUGAUAUGAAUAAUGGAAGAAAGUCUAAUAGUAUUCAGUAAAUAUGACUCACUGUUGCAGUUUUAUUAACACCAGAAUAACAUAAUUGAAAGUCUGGAACUUUACCGUCAAUACAGUCUUACACAAGGCACAAAUAUAACCAUCAUUCUAUAUUAUCUAUUAUUCAUAUUGAUAAUUUAUGUUCCCUGUGAGCCUUUUCUCUUAUCAAGACAGGACAAGCUGAGACAGCACGACUCAGAGGGAAAAGACGCUGUUUUUUCUUUCUCCAGCACAUUCUGUGGCUCCAUUUCCAUCAAAAAUUCAGCUUACUUAAAAAUGCAUGGGCAUGUCAUCACAGAAGUGAGAAAGCAUUUGGUUUAGAGCCAGUGUUUGUCUUUAUAGGUCUGCUUUGACAAAUAGUUUUGGUGGUAGAGAGACGGUUUGAUUCCGAGAGGGAAAAGCACUAAAAUAUUUUUGCUGUGACCUCUCUAUCACAGAGAAUUCAUAAAGCUGCUGAUAACACCAGUUCAGAAAUCAAACAGAGGCAAAAAGAGGGCAUACAGUGUCUGUGAGGAAUUCAGUCACACUAGUCAAAGUCACAUAUCAAACGUAUGUAAUGCGAGACACAGUCUUUAUCUAAGAUUUGACAUCAAUAAAUCUAAAAAUGUGGUAAAAAGGGACUUCUUCAUUUAUUGGGAUUAAAAUGGCACUUAAUUCAGACACACAGUGACUUGAAACAGACACAUUUAAAUCAGUAUUAUACUAUGGUGAAACAGUUUUACAAUUUAAAUUGUUUAUUGAUUACCAUGUCAUAGCUCAAUUAUUUUAAGUGUUAAUUUUUCAGGUUUAAUAUUACAUUUUUUCAAAUCCAUUAUUGUUAUGCAGAUUAAGUGUUUACUGUUGUAUUUACAGUCAAACUAUGUGUAUGGUAAUACAAAAACAACAAAAAACACACAACACUAGCCUACAAACUAAAAAAAACACAACAAAAACAGUAUAAAAACAAUCUUUGAGAAAUGUAGAAAUGUCUACCUUCAUAAUAAUUAGGUGGGUUUGAAGUUAUAUCUGAACGACUUGGCAUUAAUCAAAUCUAGCACAUCAAAUGCAUUACACACACUACAAGCCAAGCACAUUAACGUUUUUAGAAUUACAUGAAGGUAUUGUUGGACAUUCUGGGACAUCCAUAUUUUUUAACAAUAGCUCUGGAGCUAAGGCUAGCUUAUUAGCAUAAAGACUAUAAGCUGGGAAAACGGUUAGCAUUGCUCAAAGUUCAAAAGCACCCACCAACACAUCUAAAGCUCAUUAAUUAACACACACUUUAUCUGACUCUGUAAAUCCAAAAUAUAAAAGUUAUGUGUUGGUAAGCGUUUAUAAACUUUGGACAAAGCCAGGCUAGCUGUUUCCCACUACUUCCUGUCUUUAUGCUAAGCUAAGCUAAGUGUAUUAACAUACCGUUCUAGCUCCGUAUAAUGCAAGAGGGCAAUUAAGUUUCACAUCUAACUCUCAAGGCUCUAGGGCAAGUUAGUGUUCUUAGUCAGAAGACAGUGUAGAAAGUGAGUUAAAGCGUUCUCUUUUUCUGAAAUUAUUAGUGAAUAGUAGGCUAUGCAUGAAAGCUUGGGACACACUUUGAGUCAAGAUAUUUUGAGGUGAACAUCUUUUAAUAUUUUACAACAGUUAAACCACAACUGUUUAAAAUAAAGUAAAACUAAUGAAAAACGUUUUAGCUUGCUCUGACUUUUCAUAAUACCAACAACAAUGAGGUGCUGAAUGUAAUUUCAAUAUUAUUUAUGUGAUUCAACCAUAUUGAACCUGCAUGGAAAAUAAUAUCUAAUUUGUAUAACAAAUGACAAUUUAAUUGUUUUCUUAGAAGUUAGUAAAAGUGGGAUAUUUUCAUAUUAGCUAAAAUAGUUUACUUCACUAAUGACACUUAUGAACUACACCUGGUAAUAUUUGUGAAGUUCAAGACACAAACAAUGAAUUUUAACGUUCUGUUAGUUUUUGUGGGACUUAGGCCUACUGUAUUAUUCUAUUAUAAGGAUGCAUUAAAACUGUAAAUUCACAAUUCUUUAAGUAACAUUUUACAGUAUCAAACAAUACCUGAACCAGAUACAACAGAUUCUUCACAAUAUAAUAAGUCAAAAAGAUAAAAUGUGUUCCUGCUAGAAAUCUGAUUGUGUACCACCAUUUGAAUGCAGCCCUGCAACAAAGAUAUGGCAUGUUGAGAGAACUUCCACCUACACCUGUUUUCGAAAGGCUGAAUGUUUUUUUUACAAAUACUAUAAAUAUACGUAACUAAAAUGGGUUGUAGGUGCACUCUAAAACUCAGAGACAAGAUCCUUGAAAGCAAUAUGUAGUUCUGUGCUGUAACAUUUAUAAACAAAGGUCCAAGUCGUAAGGAGAAGUAUGAGAAACCUUUUACAGUAUACUGCACUACGACUUCAUUACAUUUACCCUUAACAUAUUAAACCUUUGAUUGCUACUGAAAAGCAUGCAACACUGUGCCUUCAUAAUAUUGCCCCGUACUCCUUAUCAAGGCCUACAGUGAGAAAAUUACUCCUUUGAAACAAUUUGAACACAGAACUAUUUUUGUGGUCAGCUAUAGGAAGCUGCCUGGUUAUAAAACCUUACACAUACAUAUAUAUAUAUGCACAAAUAAUAUUGCAAUGUUUAGAUUCUUAUGAAAGAGAACAUUUUUGUGUAUGGUUUAUGUAAUAUGCACCUGUUCAAACACAUCAAAUGAUGACAAAUGUAUUUAUUUCAAGCACAAUGGGAACUCUUUGUUAUGAAAUGUGACACACUGUACU